AUGGAUCUUGCGAAUACCCUCAUCCGGACUGUGGCGCGCGCCUUCUAUGAGACCCGCCACAUUCUGGUCGUCGAUGCGCUCUUCCUACACUCAGUUCUCCACGCUGAGGAUCUAGCUUUCUUGAUGGGAAUGCAACAAAAGGACCUCCGCAAGCUUUGCGCCAAGCUGCGCGAAGACCGGCUGAUCGCAGUGAGCACUCGCGCCGAGAUCCGCGAUGGGUCUACUCGUCCUGUGAACCGCGAGUACUACUACAUUCCUCUGCAUCCGGUUGUUGAUGCGAUCAAAUACAAGGUCUCCAAGUUGACGUCCAACAUCAAAGCGCAAUACACACCCAGUGAAGAGCGCAAGGAAUACAUCUGUCUCCGAUGUGGAACCGAGUGGACUGAAUUAGACGUGCUGAGUCUGGUUGGAGAUGAAGGAUUCGAAUGCCAGAAUUGUGGUGCAGUCCUGGAACGAACCGAGGAUGUCAAGGGCGUCGAGGGAAUCGAUCGGACGGGUCACGAGAAGAACAGCAAGCUGAUGGCCCAACUUGAUAAUAUGCUGAAGCUACUGAAGCAGAUUGACACCGUUGAAAUCCCGGCCAAUGACUUUGAAACUGCUUGGGAUCACAAGGUGGAAGUCCCUCGAAACCAGAGCACGCACCCCGUCCGUGCCGCUAUUGUUGUUCCUCCCAAGGCACAAGAUAUCACACGUCCCAAUGCCAAGACUGAUGCAGCUGCAUUGGAGAUCUCGCUCACCUCGAGCGAAGAAAAGAGUGCCGCCGAACAAGCUGAUGAGGCUGCUCGGAAGGCAGCCGUGGAGAAGCAAAAUGCUCUUCCAGUUUGGCAUACCCAUUCGACUGUGAACUCAACCCCCGCAAAUGGACAGACCAAGACCGAUGGUGGCAACUUGGUGAAGCCCGAGCUUGCUGAAGACGAGAAGCCCAAUCUGGAUGCCCUGGACGACAAGGUUGCCGCUUACUAUGCUGAGAUGGAACGUGAAAAGGCACUUCAAGCCCAAGAAGAUGCCAGCAGUGCAGAGGAUGACUCUGACGACGAAUUCGAAGAUGUUGAGGUUUCCGGCCCAAGUGGACCGAGUACCCCUGCCAUGAAUGGGGGCCCUACAAGUGCUCCCAGCGGCUCGUUCGGUGGCGCUGGCAUCAAGCGAGAACUCGAUUCCGGAUCUAGUGCUCCUCAGUCCUCUGUUGGUACACCAUCCACCCCUGCUGACGAUGGCCCUGCUGCAAAGAAGAUCAAGACCGAGCCGGAGAUCAAGCCUGAUCCCGAUGCCGAGCCUGAGGCUAAGAAGGAGGCCGAGGAAUCGGAUGAAGAUGACGAGGAGUUUGAAGAUGUUUAA